ACAGUGACAUUUAGUUAUUUUUUUAAACAAGAAAUUUAUAUAAAAUAAAAGUUGAAUUGAUUUGGUCGUAUUUAUUUAAUAUAUUAAAACCAUAAUGGCAUUGUGUAAGAGUGUAAUAAAUUUGUGAAUUAUCAUCUUAACAAAUAGGAGUAGGUAGGUAUAUUUCCAAAACAUCGACCAUGGAUAAGUUGGAUGCAGAUUUGCAGAUUCAAACUGUUCCCAUCCCAUCAUUCAGAUAGUCUACAGUGUGAUCAAUCCAAUUUGUUGGGGUUGAGCCAGUACAAACUUGUAACUUUAUUCAGACACUUUCACUAGUGAUAUAAAUGUUAACGAUGAAUUUGAAAGCAAAUUUCGACAAAGUCGUGAAUUAAAUGUUUUGGAAAAUUCAAAAAGGAAAGUUGAAUUGGAAUAUUCUUAUAAAAUUGGAAUAUUGCAUAGAAUUAAUAGUACCUAAUUUAGAAGGGAACUUGAAAAUGCUAAUAAUCAAAUAGAGCUGCUGAUAAAAAGUUAUGGAGAAAAACAAAAUAUAGACUUGGAAAACGAGAUUCCUAGACUCUCAUCAGAGUAUCUAUUUGAAGUCGCAACAAUUCAGUGCGGAAAUACAAAAAGAAAAAAGCCAAAUAGAUUUAGGAAAUAAAAAUUUAAAAAUGAAUCUAAAUGAAUUAGCCACAGAUUUAGACAUAAAAACUAACUCUUUUCAAAUCUUCGAACUGAUAAUUCCCAAGCAACACAUUGAUACACAAAACUAUUUGAAAACUAAUAGGGACCUAGCAGAAAAAUUAAAUUUCCUUAAUACAAAGUUUGAGGAGAGCGAGAAACUCAAAAAUUGGUAUAAAGAACAAAUGAUUGCAUAUAAAAAUAAUCAAGUUAAACUCAAAGAGGAAGUAAAUAAUUUAAAUGAACUUAGAGCACGACUUGAAGGUAAAGUUUCAAGUUCGAAUAUUAAUUUAAACAAAUGUAAAAUUGAAAUUGAGGAUGUACAAUUGAAGGCACUGAAAGAAAACCAGAAAUUAAUUAAACAAUUAGAACAAAUGCAUUUGGAUUAUAAUGUUCUAAUAGAAACUAAUAACAAUUAUGGACCUGUGAACAAUCCCAUUGAUGUCAAUGUUAAUUUGUAUGCAAAUUUAAUUGAGGAUUUAAAAGAAGAAAUAUCGCGAAUUAAAGAAACUGCAUUAAGAAAAGAUCAAGAAAUUGAUAAAUUAAAUCGAGACAAUUAUAAUUUAAUGUCAAAAUAUGUAAUAUUACAAAUAACGUUGAAGCAAAAAGAAUUUGAUAUAGAACUGCUGGAGUGUAACAAAAAAGAACUAAUAGUAAAAUUAGAACUUUCAAAAAAUAAUGAAAAAGAAAAGUUAAAUGAAAACUUGUAUCUAAAAAAUAGGCUAACCAACUUAGAAAUUGAAAUAAAAAUGAGAAAUCAAGAGAACAUGGAUGUGGAAAACUCUGUUCAGCUUAUUAAAGAUCAGGUACAGAAAUGUAAAGAAAAUUACAAAAAAAUAGAAAAAGAAUUAACUGAAAAAAAUACACAAAUUCUGCAGCUUCAAAAAGUCAAACAAGAAUUAUUUAUGGAUCAUAAUUGGACAAUUUGUGACUUGAAAAAAAUUAAACAGAAAGAUAGGAUGUUGGGAGAUUUAAAAAAAAUUCAAAAAGAAAAUGAUUAUAAAAUAUUAUCAUUGAAGGAAAAAAAUGAAAAAUAUCGUAAUGAAAUAAAAAAUAAAGACAAAUUAAUUUUUGAGUUGAAAAAUAAAUUACAAAAAUUUGAAAAUGAUUGGCAGAUUUAUACUAAGAGAAUAACAGAUGAUGAAAAAAUCCAACUUCUGAAUAGUCAAACAAAUACUACCAAAACGACAGAUAUAGCAAAAUUCAUUGACAAUUCAUUUCAAAAAUUAAAUAUUGACGAAUUCGAAAGUACAGUUGAUAUACGUUUGAAAUAUUCAGAUGAAAGAAUUCAAAAAAUUCAAAACAAAAUAAAUACAAUACACGAAAACUUAAAUGAUAAAGUUGGACAAAAUAAAAUUAAGGAACUAGAAAUACAGUUGCGGGUAAAAGAACGAGAAAUGGACCAUAAACGUAAAAAAAUGGACAGAAACAAUCGCACCCUAUUACGAAAAGUCAAAGAACAUAUAAAAGGUAGAAAUGUUGCAGAAAAUCGAUUAAAACAUCUUCAAGAUCUGUACAACUCCUUAGCUGACUAUAAUAACAAAUUAAAACUCACCUUAACUUCAAAGGACAUUGAAAUUGAAGUGUUACAAAACAGUUCUAAUUCCUAUAAAAUCGACAAUGAAAAGUUGAAGAAGACAAUCAAGAAGCUAGACAUAGAAUUGACAAAAACAAAUAAUUGUUAUAACAUUGAAGUUAAAGAGGUAUUAGAUAAAUUAAAGGAAGACUUAGAAGAAGCUGCAGAAAAAGAAAAUUAUCUCUGCAUUCAAGAAAAGAUCCAGUCUUCUUCUAAUAUUCAACACAAAGUUGAAUAUUCCCAAGAGCUGGAAGCGCAAAUUGUAAAACUGCAGGAGGAACAUGAGUACUUCAAGAAAGCUGUCAAUGAUUAUGAAAAUAAGAUAAAUUUAUUGCAUAAUGAUAUUAAAAUUUUGAAUGAUGCCAACUUUUUCCUUCGACAGGUGUCAAGUAAUCUGAAAGUUGCUUUAAAAUCAAAUCAGGAACACAAUAAGACAUUACAGCAGCAACUCAAGCUAUUAAAAGCAGAAAAAUCACCGAUUAGGAAACUAACAAUGGAUAUUAUAGACGAAUUUAAUUCAAAUGACCAAAAAUACAUUGAUAAUUUGUUACAAGAACACCGUUCUUCUGUAGGAAAACUAAUAAUGGAUGACAAAAUGCGCAAUGUUCUCGGUCAGUUGAGGCAAGGGAUUUUUAAUAUUCAAGAUCAAAUAUCUAAAAAAAAUUAUGAUGGUCGAGACAACCAUUUCAAGUAGAGUUUAUGUUGAUUCUCAUUGUUUUAUAAAAAAAUUGUGUCAUUCCAGAUGUCUGUGAUAAUUGCAAAGUUAAUUUUUGUUCAUGUAAUGUGUUAAAUCUUUUAUAUUAUAUAAUUGUUACUGAAAUAAAUAUCCAUAAGUAUUA